UUGAAGCUAUAUUACUGUUUACUGCAGGGUAUUUUGAAGCGAUCCUCAUCACACAGUAAUUUCCCUCGUGAAGGUGUUGCAGAGCAUAAUAAUUCUGAGCAUCUGCAUCAAUUCAGACAACCUUCAGAUCAAUUUUCUGAACGAUCUACUUCAAAAAUUCCGAAAUUAACACUUACAUGGUCUGAAAAAAAUGCAGUGACAAUUUAUGGAGAUACUACAUCAGAUGAAGCGACUACGGAAACAGACGAAGCUCAGGUACCUGCAAUUGCUCCAUUCUCGACCACUCGUGAAACUCACUUAUUACCACCGCAACCUGUUAUUAGGUUGAAUGUACGUAGAGAUAAAAAUGAUAAAAAUUUGGACCGACAAACUGCAAUAUUACACGACGAUGAAGAGGAAGAAGAAGAAGAAGGAGAAGAAGAAUAUGUGAUGAGAGAAGAAUUUGAGGAUUCACAAAGUAGAAAUUUUGACGAUGGACAGCAUGAACCUGAUGUCAGUAAUGAACCUGAUACUGAACUUAGCUCUGAUACUACAAGUCUUGGUACUUCUCAUAUAGCUGGCAAAUGGUGGUUUGGCAAAAGUACCAAGAAUAUUCCACAUUGUGCUAAGUGGGGUUGCGGUCAUGGCCGUCAUGAUAAAGAAUGUACUAGUGAUAACGGAGAAUAUUUAACACCGACUCAAAGACGCUCUCGAGAGAUUCAACACCUUAGAAAGCAAUUAAAAUUGGCAGUAAGUCAGUUGGAAGAUAAAGAUUCGCAUUUAAAUGAACUUCGAGAUCGAUUACGUGACCUGGAAUCAGUGAUUGGUUGUACAAAUACAUUUAGCGAGCAACGUCAAAUUAUGCAGCGAUUUAAAGGACUAGUUGAAAAUUAUGAACGUGAAAAGCAAAUGAUCAUUAAUAAGCACGAGAUUCGAGUAAGACAAUUAAUUCAAGAAGCGGUCGAUGCACGAGCAGAAAUGAUGAAAAUUAAAGUUGCAUUAAAACAGUUGCAAGACUCUAAAGCUGAAAUGGAAAUGAAAGAAAUCAGCACGAUGACUGAACCAUUUGAAGAUACGUCAGAUUCUGUGGUACAUCCCGAAGCAAAUUUAGCUUCGUCUUCAUUUCCAUCUUCACCACAGCAAAUUUUACUUCAAAAAAGUUUAAUCAACCAUUUGAUCAGAGAAAAAAGCAGCAUUUUAGGCAGAACAUAUUUCUCAAAUGCCAAUGAUUCCACAAGAGCUGCAUAUGAAAAUGAAGCGAUGGUUUGGAGAACAAAAUCUGCUCAGCUUGAAAUCAUACUAAAAGAGCAAAUACUCAAAACACAAGGAAUUAAUCCUGAACUUGAAAAGUUCCGCUGUGAAAAUGAACGCUUACGACUGUAUAUCAAGAAAUUAGAAACAAAUGCAUCAGAUUUCACUAUGGUCGAUUCAGGCAUUGAAACACAUCUGAAUACGUUGUCAUCAGUAGCAAGUACUGAAUGUUACUCUCAACAAUGCGCAGAGCAUAAAAGGCAACUUUUAGAGGAAAACAAUCGACUUCUUGAAAAAGUAGAAGAACAAACGUUACAGUUUCAUGAAUACGAAGAAGAUGCUAAUCUUUUGCGCAGUAGUAUUCAUUUAAUGGAAAAUGAGAACAAGAAAAGUUUUUUGGCAAUGGAACAAAUGGCUAAAGAAAUAGAAGAAAGAACUGCUGAAGUAAAAGCUGCUAAUAUGGCUGUAGUUAGAUUGCAGAGUGAAGUUGCAACGAAAACAAAAGCAAUUUGCUAUUUGGAAGAACGUCAUCAAGUAUACAGAAACACCAUUCUUGACCAUCAUUUAGUUAUAAAAGAUGAAUGCACGGAGGACUGGCAUCGAGGUUUUUCGGAUCCACGUUACGUUGUUAAUGUAUCAAAACGCGUACAGACAGAUCUUACAGAAGAAGCAUUACGUAACAAAGAAGUAAACUUCAUCAGCUUGAAGGAUAAGCUUAAAGAAUUGGAAGAAGAGUUUUCAUCUAAAAAAAGUGAUAUGUUGGACCGAUUCAAAGAGAUUGAACAGGAUUUACUAGCAAAAAGCGCUUUGGUAGAUUUGCUGAGCAGCCAACUAGAAGAAGCAGAUCGAGAAGCUGGAAAAUCUUUUGAGCUACAUCAGAAGGAACGCGAAGCUUUCCAGGCCAAAAUAUGUGAAUUAGGAAAAAUUGCUGAAAAUGUUCCUGUGCUGAAAUUUGAAAUUGAAAAACUUCAACGAGAGCGAGGUUUACUUGAGUAUCAGCUAAGAAGUGCUAAAGAAGAAUAUGACGCCAGCUUGGAAAUGACACUAGCAGAAUCAUUGAAGAAAUAUCAAAAACAAAGUAAUUACUGGGCUGAAAAAGUGUCAGCUUUGAAUGAAAACAAUGAAUUACUUCGAAAAGAAAACGUUUCCUUGAAGCGUGCAAUGGAUGAGCUUAAGGUACGCACACACGUGGGAGAAGCGGAUUUAGCUGAGAGACUUGCGUCGAGUAUAGAUCAUAUUUCUUAUUUGAAAAAACAACUAAAUCGUAGUACACGUGACGUGCAAGUUGAUGUGCACCCGCGUGUUGUUAGUAAAUAUGUAGCAUGUCGGCCAAAUGCACGUCAUAAAAUGACAAAUAUUGAAAAAGGUGAUCUCUAUGAUGAAGUAGAAGAAAGACUUAAACUUUGUCAAAGCGAGCUGAUUACUACUCGUCAACAAGUAGAAUCACUGCAACAAAGACUGGUAACUAGUUUUAUACUUUUUAAAUUAAUUCCUUAAGU